GGCGAGGCGCCAUGGGCAUGCCACGGGUGGCGAGGGCGUCCAGCUGGAACCGCGGUCGCAGCCGCCGCCCCAAGAGGCCGGCACGAACAGACAUGGACCUGAUAGAGGUGCUGUGGAAGCAGGACGUGGACCUGGGGUUCUCCCUGGAGGAGCUGCAGCCCGCAGACAAGCCCGGCAAGAGCCCUGCAGACGAUGACGUCGCCACCCUGAAGGCCAUCGCCGCUAGCGACCCCAAACCGCGCUCUAAGAAAGACGAUGACAGUGAGGAUGAACGGACUUCUAACCCGGAUGACCCAUGGGCUGGCCUAUCGUACACAAUCGACUUGGAGACAGGAGAGUAUGUGCUCAAGGAUAGUCUAUGUGAAGAACUCAGUAACACACCCGCAACCAUCUUAGUUGAUGAAGCACCAUCUUCACUGCUUGAUCUUCAGGAAUUCUCACUUGAAGAGGCAUUACAGCUUGUGGGACUGAAUGAAAGUUCCACAGAGCCGACAAAGGAGGAAAGUCCACUCUCAGAGCCAGUAAUACCAGCACCACCUGCAAAAACUGGCACUGAUGGAGAUGUGAAGAAGGACACUGCUGAGAAAGAUCCAUUGGAAACUGCCUCAACACCCUCAACAUCAGACGAGGAGUUGGGCGACAUGAUACAAACAGCGCAGUUCCAUCACCCACACCCCCAUCCACGAUCCUUCCAGGGUCGUGUGCCGGUGGUGCGCACAGCUAGUGUUGAACAGCGCUGGCAAGACUUGGCAAACCUGCUGAGCCUACCUGGAGAAGGUGUUCCUGGCCACACAAACUACCCGCAUCAUCAUCCUCAUCACCCACAUGCACACCAUCCACAUAUUGGCUAUGGCAGCAGUACAGCUGGAGGUGCUGUUGGUGGUUAUGGAGAUACUGCGAGGGGAGUCCUGCUGCACAAUGCCACGCUUGCUCCACCUGUUGGGGACAUGAACGCCACAAGUCCAUACCAUGGCCAUUCUGUUGGAAGCAAUUCAAACCUUGGAACUGCCGUGGCUGCGUCAAUGAACCUGACAAACAGCAGUGAACCAAUGGGAGAUACAGGCUCUACUGCAUCAUACAAAAUGGAGUCAUCACAUGACAUGAUGUACUAUCAGAAUACCACCACUGAAAUAAGUCAGACAACAGAGGGAUUUUUGUCAUCCAUACUAAAUGAUGAAGAUUUGCAGUUGAUGGACAUGGCAAUGAAUGACAGUAUGUACACGAUGCGCAUGCUGGACUCGACGGGUAGCCCGACUUCUACGUCGAGCGCCGCCCACGCAGGGGCGGCGGCUGGCGGGGCGACGACUGUGGCCGCUUCCGGCCCGGGGGCGGCGACGGCGGCGUCAGCUGCUGCUGCUGCUGCGGCGGCGGCGGCUGCGGCGGCGGCUGCAGCGGACGAGCGCAUGGACGCGUCCAGCGACAGCGCCGUUAGCUCCAUGGGCUCCGAGCGCGUGCCCUCGCUGUCUGACGGCGAGUGGAUGGAGACUGGCUCCGACUCGGGACACACGGCCGGCGACCACUACGGAGCCGCCGACUACCACGCCAGCAAGUACAGACCUUAUGACUACAGCUACUCUGGUCGCCAGCACUCCAGUUCUGUCAGCACAGCUGAGACACAGCACCGUGUGCCACCCAUGGCUCAAAAGAAACAUCAGAUGUUUGGAAAGCGAUGCUUCCAGGAGCAGGCUGCAGGAGCAGCUUCUUCCUUGGGUAGCCAUGGGACAACACCGAGUCUGCCACCAGCACCUGUAAAGUAUGAGUUCAGCGAGGCAGUACCUGCUGGUGGAAAUGCAUUUGGCACCCCAUUGGAAGCUGGAGUUGCUGCUGCCAAGGCACCAGAGAUGAAAUAUAGCUGCAGUGUUGAAUUUGCAAGGCAUCACCCAGAUGUAAGACCAUCUAUUGACCACAUACAGCACAAUCAUUCAUACCAUCUUCCUGCAGAAAGCACAGGAGCUAUGCAAAGACCUGUUUCUAGAGACAAACAAAAAGGUCGUAAAUCUGACGAGGAACAUCUGAACAGAGAUGAGAAACGGGCACGAGCAAUGAACAUUCCAUUGCCUGUGAGUGACAUCAUCAAUUUGCCAAUGGACGAAUUUAAUGAGCGAUUGUCAAAAUACGACCUUAGUGAGGCACAGUUAUCACUCAUAAGGGACAUCAGGAGGAGAGGAAAGAACAAGGUUGCAGCACAGAACUGCCGUAAACGGAAGCUAGACCAGAUUCUCAGUCUUGCAGAUGAGGUCAAAGAAAUGCGUGAUCGGAAGAACCGCCUGAUGCAGGAGAGAGAUUACAUGUUGGCAGAACGUCAGCGUGUCAAGGAGAAGUUCAGCCAACUGUACAGGCACAUCUUUCAGCAACUGCGGGAUCCUGAUGGCAACCAGUAUUCAAUGUGUGAAUACAGCCUUCAGCAGUCUGCAGACGGCACAGUACUGUUAGUGCCUCGAGCAAAUGCAACUGCCUUCCUGGACCCUGAAGCCACCACUGCUGCUGCUUCGUGCAGGAAGCGUGAGGAAGAAAAGGAGUGACCUCAUGUUGCUGUAAGCUCAAACCUGCUCAGAUCAGAAGCGUGACAACUUCAAAAUUGGACACUGGAGCAGGUGCAAAUUCACAGAUGCCUGUUUAUCUUGUGAUUCAUUGUGUUUCUGAAAGUAAAUCUGUAACUGUAAUUGAGAUCUCACAUGACAAGUGGUGUUAUUGGAAAAAAUAGAGACAUUUCAAAUCGGACUGUACUAUACAAAAUAGAGUUGUAUAUUCAAGGUUGUGCCUGUACAAAUAUAUCAGACAUCGUGAAGAGUGAGUCGCCAAUGUUAUUGAUGGUUACAUACAAAUAUAGUGACAAUAUGAAUAUGGGAUUGCAAUCAGUGGAAAAUGUUACAAGCCUAGAUUGGUGAAAAAUUAAGUGUGCAUGUGUAAAAAGGUAAAUUAUUGGUAACUAAAACUGCAUAUUUUUUUUUAGACCAAAAGUGGGAAUUAAAACUAAUACCUUUUUAAAUAGGAGUGAAUUUUACUGUAUGAUAUGCGAGAAUUAUAGUGCUUGUUGGCAUCCAUUAUUGCUCUUUUUAUAAUGGCAUUUAACAUUUCUGUUAGAAACUUAGCAUUAAGUAUUUUAAUAUAUUUUUAUGUACAAUUUUCAUUAAUAUUCUUCGAUAAGCUAUACUUUUAAGAACAAUUUUGAAGUGAAUUCUGAAUAAGAGAAAAGCAUCUGGGCAAAUAUUGUCUUUUAAAACAACUGAAGUGAGUGUACAGAAAAUUGUGGAGGACAGAGCUAGUGAAUAAAAUAUUGUGCCUUCUUUAAAAUUUAAAUUUUUCUUGAGACUAGUUUCUUAUACUAUAAAGUUUAUUUGAAGAAUAUCACAGUGCAAUUUAGUGAAAUACUAUUUAAAUAAUAAAGAUUCAUGAUGAAACAUACUGAUUUUCAGUUUGUUACUCUGUGCUAUUUAGAAAUUUAAAAAGUUUACAAAAACCCAUAGUACGUUAUGUCCAUUGAUGAUGUCAGUACUGAUGUUCAGUGAUUUUUAUUAGUAGUGUGUAUGUGAGGCUGUGAACUCACUUCAUUCAGUACAUAUAGUUUUAAUAUGUUUUAAGAUUUCUUGUGAUUCAGUUUUGUUGAGAAUAUUAGGUAAUCUUGAAACUAAGGAAUAGCAAAGUAGCUCAGCUAACACAAAGGCCUUAAUAUACAUUGCUUCAAUCAUGCUCACCUUUUAUACUUACAAAACACAUAGUGCUUUUGAGACUUUUUUUUAAACAGAAAGGAAAGUUAUUUACUGGUCUGUAUUGUCCCCUGGUGGCAAUAGAGUUUACAAAUAAAUUUAAUAAAAGUGUGAAUAUACAAUUAUUUUUAUAUAACUCAUUAAAUGGGAUCAUACGGCUAGGUCAUUUAUCUCAAUGUAUAUACAAUUUAAUUAAUGCAGAUAUGUGUACAUUUCAUAUUUUAUAAAGAAUAGAGAGUAAUUCUUAGGCAGUUGACAUCAUGUUUUGAUAUCAGUAUUGUAAAAUAGAGCAGCUGCUCUACCUGUAUCAUGUCAGAAUGUAAAGCAUACAUGCUAGUACUGUUCUUUGGAAAUCCACAUGUGCAGAGAAGAGUUCUUUUUUUCCUUUCUGUGUGUUGCACAACAUUAUGUCCGAUUCAGUUGGUAAAAUUUCUUGUGAAUGCAUACUGCUAUGCAGAUAUUGUUUUAUGUUCUUAAAACAUUAGGACUAAUUGCUGUAAAGUAAAGUACCAAGUGCUUUCAACACUUCAUAACAACUUCCAAAUAUUUAUUAGUGCAUUUAAAUUCUUAGCUCACUGGGUUUCUUUAUGGUAAAAAUAUGGAAAGAUAGUGGACUACCUGUGUGAAUCAUUAACACACAUUGUAUAUCUCUCUUUGAAUGUCAUUUAAAAUAAAAAAAGUGAGUUUUA